CUGUGAACACUCUCGUCUCUUCUCUCUGAUCUGAGCGGGGUAGGUUAGGUGGGCUAGGUGGGCACACUGCAUUUGCUUUCAAUUUUCUUCCCUGGUCAUUUGCUCCUCCCAGGUAGCCUUUAAAAGGCUCUGGGUGAUGGGAGAGGCGGGCUGGGCAGGCUUUCUCAUGCUCUUGGCUUUGUUUGUUUGGUAUAGAAUGUCUUCAGCCUAAAGGUUACAUUACCAUCUCUUCACAUUUCUAUUAAUGUCCUUCUGUGCUGGGCUCCAGGGGAAAGGAAGCUUCCAGCCCCUAUUCCUCCGUGUUUUGACCUUUCCUCUGGGGGACGCUGGUGUGGCCUUGCUGUGGUAUCCCCUUGUGUGUGUGCUGCCGCCUGCUUUAUUUGUGAGGUUACAGUCAAGGUGAAGGAAGGGGUGCGUUGGCAGAUCAGGGUCUCGCCGUGGUGGAAUGGGUGGUGCUGUUGCAGCUCAGGUGGGAGAAGAAUCACGGUACUGCAGAGUCUUUCUCAAAGUGGUGGCCUCAAGAUUUCUGAUCUAUGAAGUCAAACUUGCUGGGGGUGGGCCCCGAGAAUCUGCAUUUAACAGGCUCCCCAGUGACUAUUAGGCUCCAGCUUCACUCAUGGAGUGGGAAGAGCACUACCUUGGGGCACUUGGUCAAAGUCAUGCAUUGCUGGGACUUGACCUUGAAUCAUGCCCCCUUUCUGGGCCUCCAUUUCCUCUUCCAUAAAAAGAGGGGAGUGGACUAGCUUCACACCAUCUCCUGCUGCAGUCUUGUUUGCCACUAGAACAUCAAUAUCUUUCAUUGACUCAAAAAUAAUUAUUUUAUAAGGACCUUCAAUAUGCUGAGCCUAUCUGUGAAGGAGACAGAAGGACAAAACAUGAUUCCCACCUCAAGUUGUUCAGAAUCUAGUGGAGAAGGCAACCACAAUAAUGUCCAGAAACUAUCAAGAUAGUGUAUAACUAAGUGGUCACUUAUGUGACUCAGUUUUAAGCAAAAUCGGCUCUCAGAAGAGAGAAUUUUGAUGGCUGGCAUGAGGACUGUCCUGGGAGGCUACCAAAAGGAGGUGGACCUUGGGCUGUUUCUAGAAUAACAAGCAGGCAAGUACAGGUGGUAAUGAAAGGACUGGGCCCAGGCAGUGCUCAGGCAGAGGUGCAAGGAAGGGUUGGCUCACCUGCAGUACUGUGAGAAACUUGGAAUGCUUAAAGCAGAGGACAGGUUUUUGAAAACUGGAAAAAGGGAUGGAAAAGCAUGCAUAGGCCAGACUGCGGACCACCUUAAAUGCCAGUCUGAUGAGUCUGGAUUUCAUCCUUUGGCAGAGGGAACCAGUAAAGGCUUCUGAUCAAGAAAGUGCAUGAAGUAAGAGGUAAAAUUGAAACCAUCUAUCGUAAAGGCAGAAAUAAUAUUCAUGCAGGUAUGGAACAAUGUGUUAGCCUGGAUUCUCCAAGAAGCAGACACAAAGAUGAGGUUAGAUGCCCAAGAAACUAAUUAGGAAAAUUGCCUGUGAGAGAAAACCAAAAAGGGGCCGGAAGAGGUUGGAACAACAGCUGGGCUGAGAUGCAGGCCUGAUACUCCCCCCAAGCCCCCAGCGAGGGAGACAGGCAAGGAAGGAAGGUGGUUGUCUGGGAGCAUCUCAGACUGCAGUGAAGUUCUCUGGAAAGUUCUGCAGCAAACAGCCUUUGUUAGGAAAUCUCAAAGUCAGUGUCACCCAUGAGAGGAGUCCCAUUGCCCAGAAACGGGUCUGUCUUAGUAACCCUGUGGCACUUAGUGAUAGGCUGGGAGCUGCUCUUAGGAGGUGUGGACUUGGCGAAAAGGUAGUGAUAGAUUUCAGAACAUGAGAGCUAGGAUCCUAAGAUGUUUAUGCUCCCUGCAGUUUGAGAUCUGAAAGGCGCAUUCUCAUGGCAGCUACUUAGGGGAAGGAGAAAUUAAUACAAGUCUAACCGUAUUCUUCUGGAUGGUUUAUCUUCAGAGUCUCUGAGUCUUUGCUCAUGGUGCCUCAUCUGUGUGGAGAAACUCCUCAUCCUCCUUUAACUAGUUUCUACUCUUCUUAGGUGUUAGUUUGGGCUUCACCUUUAAGAGGCCUUUCCUGACCUCCUUUGCCCUCAAUGUGGAUUUGGGACGUCAAAUUCCCCACACUUCCCUCUGCACCUGUCACUCUCUGCAGGGAAUUCACUGCUCAUUUGUGUGUGUGGGUUUUCCUCCCCAGGAAACUGUGAGCUUCUGGAGUGCAGAAUCUGGCUCUUUUAUUUCUGUAUCCCAAUGUGUAGCCCAGUGGCCGGAAUAUCAUAGUCAUUCAGUAGAGGGUAGAAGGAAGGAAGGAAAAGAUGGAGGGAGAGAGGGAAAAAAGGAACAUGGCCCAAGCUUUGGUAAGGAGAAGGGUUUUCCAGAUCCAGUUGUUAGGAGCUCUGCUAAUUAAGCGAAAGCCUUACCACCAACAUCUUUCUCUUUUUUUAUGUGGCUUUUGCACUUUUUGAAGAUGUGUCCCUGUAGGGUUCAUGUUGGGCAAAAAUGAAGUGGGCUGCCUAACUUCUGUAGAGCUCUAGGUGGUUGUUCCAACUCAGUUUUAGUAAAGUUUAGUUUUGAGCUUGUUUUUCCAGAAUUUGGAUGGCCUGUACAUAGCCUUCCAUGCUUUUACAUGGUGACUUUGAAAAUGACUUUGUAGAUGAAACAAGGUCAGAUGAAGGGGGGGGGAGAAGAUUCUGUUGUGUGUGUGUGUGUGUGUGUGUGUGUCUGUGUACCCAAUAUAAUAAUUCAGUAAACAGAAAUGAUCUGGCACAUUGCUGGGCAUUUGGUUGGGAAGGGUAUGGACAAGUCUCUUGUCUUUGUUAUUCCCUGGCUUUAAUAAAUUAGAAAAUUAGCUGUGAAUGGAAGAGACAAGGACCACUGAGUGACCAUGGAGAACAAUUCUUCAUGUAGGUUACUCACUCCUCGCUGUUGUGCUGUGGAAAUAAGACUUGGUAGAUUCUACAGUUCUACAAAUAGCCAUGCCAUUGGUGUUUUCUCCUGCUCUUACAAAUAGCCACACCACUGAUGUGUGCUAGUGUUGCACACUCUUUGCUGUUGUACUAUGGCAACAGGACAGAUACCUUGGUAAAUUAUACUGUUCUGCAAACUGCCAUGUCAUUGAUAAGAUUUCUUGCCAACCUGCUGUUCCUCAUCACAGGACACAAUGUGGGUGGAAACCUAUGAGUAAGGGCCUCACAGAAUAAGGGCCACAUACUCUUCUGACCUAUAAUGGGAUCACAUCCCUUGUCUUUAAUUUUUUUCUUAGUUUACAUAGAAGAAAUGGAAAUGGGGCUGAUUGACCCCGUGGAGAGCCGGAUGAGAAUAAAUCUCAAAGUCAUACUUAUCCUGACGAAGCUGUAUGACUUCAACCUGGGGAGCGUGACUGAGAGUUCACUUUGGAGGUCAACGGAUUAUGGUACCACCUAUGAAAAGCUGAAUGACAAAGUGGGCUUGAAGACUGUCCUCAGUUACCUCUAUGUCAAUCCCACCAACAAAAGGAAGAUCAUGCUUCUCAGUGAUCCUGAACUGGAGAGCAGCAUAUUGAUCAGCUCGGACGAAGGGGCGACCUAUCAAAAAUAUCGGCUCACCUUCUACAUUCAGAGCCUGCUCUUUCAUCCCAAGCAAGAGGACUGGGUGCUGGCCUACAGUUUGGAUCAAAAGCUCUACAGCUCCAUGGACUUUGGAAGACGGUGGCAACUGAUGCAUGAACGAAUCACACCCAACAGGUUUUAUUGGUCGGUGGCCGGACUGGAUAAGGAGGCGGACCUGGUGCACAUGGAGGUGCGGACAGCGGACGGAUAUGCCCACUACCUCACCUGCAGGAUCCAGGAAUGUGCUGAGACAACGCGGAGUGGGCCCUUUGCCCGCUCCAUUGACAUCAGUUCCCUGGUUGUCCAGGACGAAUAUAUCUUCAUUCAGGUAACAACAGGUGGAAGAGCCAGCUACUACGUGUCUUAUCGAAGAGAGGCCUUUGCUCAGAUAAAGCUGCCCAAGUACUCAUUGCCGAAGGACAUGCACAUCAUCAGUACUGAUGAGAAACAAGUGUUUGCAGCCGUCCAAGAAUGGAACCAGAACGACACAUACAACCUCUACAUCUCAGACACGACUGGGAUCUACUUCACUCUGGCCAUGGAGAACAUUAAGAGCACCCGAGGGCUAAUGGGAAACAUCAUUAUCGAAUUAUAUGAGGUAGCAGGUAUCAAAGGGAUAUUCCUGGCAAACAAGAAGGUGGAUGACCAGGUGAAGACAUACAUCACUUACAACAAAGGCAGGGACUGGCGCCUGCUGCAAGCUCCAGAUGUGGACCUGAGAGGAAGCCCAGUAAACUGCCUGCUGCCCUUCUGUUCCUUACACCUGCACUUGCAGCUCUCUGAAAACCCGUAUUCCUCAGGAAGAAUCUCCAGCAAGGAGACUGCCCCAGGACUUGUGGUGGCUACAGGCAACAUUGGCCCGGAGCUCUCAUAUACAGAUAUUGGUGUCUUCAUCUCCUCCGAUGGGGGCAACACGUGGAGACAGAUCUUUGAUGAAGAGUACAAUGUCUGGUUCCUAGACUGGGGUGGCGCCCUCGUGGCCAUGAAACACACACCUCUGCCAGUCAGGCAUUUGUGGGUGAGUUUUGACGAGGGCCACUCCUGGGACAAGUACGGUUUUACAUCGGUUCCUCUCUUUGUCGACGGGGCUCUGGUGGAGGCAGGAGUGGAGACCCACAUCAUGACAGUUUUUGGCCACUUCAGCCUCCGCUCUGAAUGGCAGUUGGUGAAAGUGGACUACAAGUCUAUCUUCAGCCGGCGCUGCACCAAGGAGGACUACCAGACCUGGCACCUGCUCAACCAGGGAGAGCCUUGCGUCAUGGGAGAAAGGAAAAUCUUCAAGAAGCGUAAGCCAGGAGCGCAGUGUGCCCUGGGCAGAGACUACUCGGGGUCCGUGGUCUCAGAACCCUGCGUCUGUGCCGACUGGGACUUCGAGUGUGACUAUGGCUAUGAGAGACAUGGGGAGAGCCAGUGUGUCCCCGCUUUCUGGUACAAUCCAGCAUCCCUAUCAAAAGACUGCAGCCUUGGUCAAAGCUACCUUAACAGCACUGGGUACCGCCGGAUUGUGUCCAACAACUGCACGGACGGGCUGCGGGAGAAGUACACCGCCAAGGCCCAGGUGUGCCCCGGCAAAGCCCCGCGGGGCCUCCACGUGGUGACGACCGAUGGGCGCCUGGUGGCAGAGCAGGGGCAUAAUGCAACCUUCAUCAUCCUCAUGGAGGAGGGUGAUCUCCAAAGGACAAACAUCCAGCUUGACUUUGGGGAUGGGGUUGCCGUGUCCUAUGCUACCUUCAGCCCCAUCGAGGACGGCAUCAAGCACGUGUAUAAGAAUGCGGGGAUCUUCCAGGUGACAGCCUAUGCAGAGAACAGCCUUGGCUCAGACACAGCUGUCCUCUUCCUGCAUGUGGUUUGUCCCGUGGAGCAUGUUCAUCUCCGAGUUCCCUUUGUCGCCAUAAGAAAUAAGGAGGUCAACAUCAGUGCAGUCGUGUGGCCCAGUCAGCUGGGGACCCUUACGUAUUUCUGGUGGUUUGGCAAUAGCACCAAGCCCCUCAUCACCUUGGACAGCAGCAUCUCCUUCACGUUCCUGGCAGAGGGAACCAACACCAUCACUGUCCAGGUGGCUGCUGGGAAUGCCCUUAUCCAGGACACAAAAGAUAUCGCAGUUCAUGAAUACUUCCAGUCCCAGCUCUUGUCAUUCUCUCCUAACCUGGACUACCACAAUCCUGACAUUCCUGAAUGGAGGCAAGAUAUUGGCAAUGUCAUCAAGAGAGCUCUGGUUAAAGUAACCAGCGUCCCAGAAGACCAGAUCCUGGUUGCCGUGUUCCCUGGCCUCCCCACUUCAGCAGAGCUGUUCAUCCUCCCCCCCAAGAACCUGACGGAGAGGAGGAAAGGCAACGAAGGGGACCUGGAACAAAUUGUAGAGAUACUGUUCAAUGCUCUAAACCAAAAUUUGAUCCAGUUUGAGCUGAAGCCAGGGGUCCAAGUCAUUGUGUACGUGACACAGCUGACAUUAGCUCCCUUGGUGGACUCCAGUGCUGGGCAUAGCAGCUCAGCCAUGCUUAUGCUCUUGUCAGUGGUGUUUGUUGGCCUGGCUGUGUUUUUGAUCUAUAAGUUUAAAAGGAAAAUCCCCUGGAUUAACAUCUAUGCCCAAGUCCAACAUGACAAGGAGCAGGAGAUGAUUGGGUCAGUGAGCCAAAGUGAAAACGCCCCCAAAAUCACACUCAGUGACUUCACCGAGCCUGAGGAGCUGCUGGACAAAGAGCUGGACACCCGGGUCAUAGGAGGCAUUGCCACCAUUGCAAACAGCGAAAGCACAAAGGAGAUCCCCAACUGCACUAGUGUUUAAUACCAACAAGCCACGUGGUCAACCACCUUUCUUGACUUUUUAUUUUUGAUGAUUACUAUUACUGUUAUUAUGGAAAAAUGAAAACGUCUUUUUUUACCUUUUGUUUACCAAGGGCCCCUACAUAGGUAGCAGGAAGAUGCUUAGCUUUGGCAGAAAGAGGCAUUCUUAGCUGAUUGAAAUGAGACAAAAAUAAUAAAUGGCUAUAUUUGUGCUAAGGGCAAAGAAUGAAUCUUCCCACAGCCUCCUUGCUUUAUUCUGCCAUUGGUAGCAUAAAAUCUCUCUUUUUUUUUCUUGCAUUCUCUCUUCCUUUUUAUUUAAGUUGGGUUGGCUUUUGGUUAACCUCCCACGUACCCCACCUACCCCCAAUUCACCAAGACCCCUCCCUCAGCACACACAUGCAACACAAACCAUUUCCCAGUUAGAUCCGCAAGAGGUGGGUUGGGGGGAGUGGAUGCAGCUGCAGAAAGCAUGCACACCUUGAGGAAAGAGGCCCUGCCUUGUGCAUGUCAAUAGUGAGGCUACAGGUGGCUUAUUGUAUAUAAUUACAAUGUAAAUAGCUUUUUAUUUCCUGAGAAAUAAUUUAAUGUUUAGUAAAAAAGAAAACAGAAAAAAGAAAGAUGCCUGUGUUGGCUUACACAUUGACCCUCAGAGCUGCCCAACCUGCCAGGCCUGCUUGUUGUGUUGGGUCUGGAUGCUCUCCUGUCCUCUGUACCACUUAACUCUUGCAUCUCCUUGUCCACACCAUGCUGGUUUCUACUUGUGUAUAUAAAGGGGAUGGGGCGGGCUUCUUUGGGGCAAUUGAUUAAGGAAGGACUCUAGUGACAUCAUAGAACAUGGGAGUCAUUUUUGUUCCAACAAUGUCACAGGAGAAGUUGCAAGAUGAGGCCCACUAGAGACUUCAAACUGAUACCUACAUGGGAAAAACACUUCCUCUCCAAAAUGAUAAAGCCAAAGGUGUUUAUCAGCCUGAGAAAAUAGUUUUCUCUUAAAAAGCCAGGCAAUGCAUCUAAAAAUGACAAUUAACUUGUUUUCUGAUUGGACUCUAUGAAUUGUAAUGUUUAUGGUGAAUUCUCAGGCUACUCUCAGCUCAGAACAAUCCCCAGGACACUAGGUAAAGCCCAUUGGGUGUCUCUUGGCAUGGGAAGGGUUGUAAAGGUUGGGAGGGAGGUGAGAUUUGUGAAAUCCUGAGUCCAUAAAAACCCUGCAGGCCAAAUAGGGGUCUAGCUUUUAAUGAUAUUAGUCAGAGGUGAUUUUAGCAAAGCUGUGCUAUUUGCUUGUCAGAUGUACACAACUUCCUUAAAGUCAAAUGUCUGCCUUCAGUUCCCUUAAAGUAGUGCUUGCCUCUGGGGUGAGUGGCUUUCAAAGCCGAUUAGCUUUCCCAGCUCCUCAGCCCCUUACACAUGUACACAUACCAAUUCUUUUCCAUAGGGUCACUUUAAGCCAUGCUGUAAGCGUUGUUUUUAUUUUCAGGCUUAGCCUGAGCACACUCUUGUUUUAAAAAAAUGAUAUACUGUAUAUAUUUGGGAGGAAAGGCCACAUUUUGUACCUGUUAAUUUUUUGUGGGAUGUUAUUCCCAUUCUACUUUGUGAGAAACAGAGAGAAUGUGAUAUAGAAAAAUCUGGCUGGCUACAGCAUAGAUCAGUAUUAGGAAUAUUUCUAAAGAUCCUGCUUUUUUGUUUCAAGGGUUCAAUGGGGCAGACCAUUGCAAUACUUGUACUAAACACUGGAAUACAAAUGCAUGAGUCAUAUCUAUAUAUACAGUAUAUGUACAUAUACUGUUCUUGGUUUUAUUGUUCCACUUGAAUAUUUCUACUGUAAAAAAAAAGACAGUGGUUUUGAAAUUGUUGAAAAUAAAUGUAUUUUUGUACAUCAAAGCUA